AUGUUGUUGUCUCAAGCCCGUCGUAUGAAGUCUUCAGCAGCUGCGGUACGACGUUCGUCGCAAAUCGCCCGCCUGACGUAUCUGUUCUACUGCGUGUUCCAACUCGCCAUUUUGGGAACGGUAGCAUCCAAAAUCGACGGAGGAUGGGACACGGAGCCGAACACACAAUACCAUAUACAGACGGACGAGGGGCCCGAAAGGUAUUUCAAGUAUCAGACCAUUAGUGGUCAGUACCGUAAAGAGAGGCGACUGCAAGAUGGAAGCGUGGUCGGAACGUACGGCUGGGUAGACGCAGACGGUUAUUUGAGGCUCAACGACUACGUAGCCGAUUCGAAGGGUUACAGAAUAGUGAAGAACAAGAAGCUGUUCGUCGGCACCCAGACGCCCGUCGGUCAAGCCGUGUCGGCGGCCAAGUACGUGCCGCCGAUAGCCGGUACGGCCGUCUCGGUGUCACCGUACCGGUCGGCCACGGCCACGAUCGUCACCCGGCCGGCGGCCGUCGUAGCGGUCACCCGAGCGCCACCCAGCGAAUCUUCGUGGCGUGGUUCGCCGUUCGUGUACCCGUCCGACACCCAAUCGUCGCCACUGCGGUUCCCUGCGGCCGGGUCACCGCCGCGCUCGGUGGCCUCUCAGUUCCGGCGGCCGCAGCCUAGCACCACCGCGUCCCCCACCGUUGACUAUAACUAUUCCGUGCGGCCGGUGGACGUCAACUCGAUCGCGGGCACCGCGGACGGCGGAGACGGUGACGACGACGACGAGCGACGACGACCGUACGGACGGCGUUCGUCAUCGUCGUCGUCCACCGCGGCCACGGUCGCGGCGUCCACGGCCUCGGAACAGCAGCCGCUGUACGAGCAACCGUUGAGGCCGCACACGUUCCGGCCCGCGUACCGAAAGGUGGUGGACAUGUCAGCCAGGACGACGAUGGGACCACCGGCGGAUCAGGCGCAGUACGACGGCGUAUCGUUCGUCCGGAACGGCUUCAAGUACUACCUGCCCCGACACUACCACGAGGAACAAUCGGAUGACACGGGCGACACGCGCGCCGGCAGCUUCGGUUACGUGGACCCGUUCGGCAUCAGGCGGGUGGUCUACUACAACACGGCGCCCGGCACCGGGUUCGUGCAUCGCAAGAACAACCGUUACGUGGGCCUCGACGCCGAGCCCUACGACCCACGUCCGUCGCAGUGA